CUUCCCCUGACGGCCUCGCCACCACCGUUGAAUCGUUACCGUCUCAAGUGAGAAUGUCGUCGGGGUUUGGCUUCAAGGGCACGGCGAACCGAUGCUAUGGCUUCUGGAAGGACGUGGAGAAGUGCAACGUUGAAGCGGCACUGCCAGGACAAUGCGCGGCGCAGGUCGAAGACUACCUCGAAUGCUUGCACCACAAGAAGGAGUUAGCGCGCAUGAACGCUAUGAUCGUCCACAAGGAGCAGGAAAGCCAAGGUAAAGGACACGGCCACGGAGGCCAUUGAUCUAGGCUUUUCCGUGUAAUGCGAAAUUCAAAUGACUCCCCGCUGUGGACAUUCCCA